CGCUGUCACAGCCGCUGUGAGCUGUCAACGUUGGUUAUAAAAGCGCAAUCUUAUUUUGUUUGAUAUAUUACUUGCUCUGUGUUGUUUGUGUUCAUAAUUCAUAAUAUUAAUGUGUUAUUAGAGGUGUUUAUGCUUCAAUAAUUGAAUAUCGAAAGUGCAGAUUGAAUUUCCUUUCUUUUGAUUUAAAUUUAAAUACAUAAUGGCAGCGGUGUUGAAGAAAAGGGCAUUAGCAGAAUAUAAUAAAUCCUUUCAGGAUGGACCAACUUCAAAGAAACUUCAUCUGGCUAAGAAACCACUGAUAGGCAGUUCAGCUGCAGCAUUUGUUGGCUUGUUGGAAAAGUGCAAGUCAAGUGAUGAAGCAUUGCAGUUAUUAUUGAGAAUCUCAGACUGCCUACAGUUUCAAGAAUCAGAUGUGGAAGAAGCUAUCAAAAAGCUGUCUGAGCACUUUCAGUCAGAGGAAGAAUCAGUUGUCAGGGUGAAAAUAUUGUGGUUGUUUUGUGAUAUUGGAUUGGAAUGCCCUGGAGCAAACUUAAAUCACUUGAUUGAAGAAACCACUCAUUUAAUAAAAAAUGAAACAUCUCACAAGGUUAUUGCUCAAGGGAUUGCCACCCUCCUUAAGCUGGGGAACAAAUUAUCCGAGGACAAAAUUCUUAUGACACGCUUGGUAGGUGUGGCCAGAGACAAUCUAAAGGAUACAAGUCACCAGGUGAAGUGUAGAUGCUUGCAGCUCAUCAGUGAACUGUAUCCAAUAUGCCCAGAAAUUGAUAGAACGGCAGAAAUGAUUGCAGAGGCUGAUAUUAUUGUUAAACUACUUAGUGAUUAUAGCAAUGCUGAGGAUGCAAGAGUACGCUGUGAAGCCUUUCAAUCACUGCUAACACUACAUGGACGUGGAUUAACACUUAGCGCACAAAUCUAUGAACAUGUUUGCACAGCUUUAUCUGAUGAUUAUGAAAUUGUGAGAGAAGUAGCUCUCAAAUUGGUCUGGCUGCUUGGAAAUAAAUAUCCAGAGAACACUGUCACUCUUCAAGACGGUGAAACGACAAUGCGUCUAGUAGAUGACGCCUUCAUAAAAAUCUGUUCAGCCGUUAAUGAUCUGUGCAUGCAAGUACGCGCUCUGGCUUGUACACUGUUGGGUACUACAAAGUCCGUGUCAGAUCGAUUCUUGCUGCAGACCCUGGAUAAACAAUUGAUGAGUAAUAUGAAGAAAAAGAAGACCGCGCACGAGCGCGGCGCAGAGCUAGUGCGUUCGGGCGCGUGGGCGAGCGGGCGGCGCUGGGCGGACGACGCGCCCGGCCAGCUGCUCGAGCAGGCCACCGUGCAGCUGCUGCCCGGCGGCGCGGCGGGCGCCUUCGUGCACGGCCUGGAGGACGAGUACAUGGAGGUACGCACAGCCGCCGUAGAAGCAGUAUGUGAGCUGUCGUUGGAAAAUACCAUAUUUGCGACAACAUCGCUCGAUUUUCUUGUGGAUAUGUUCAACGAUGAAAUUGAAGAUGUUCGCCUUAGAGCCAUAGACAGUUUGACUAAAAUAUCUCACCAUAUAGUAUUACGGGAAGAUCAAUUGGAAACAAUAUUGGGUGCUUUGGAGGAUUACUCUAUGGAUGUAAGAGAGGGUUUACACAGAAUGCUUGGUUCAUGCACAGUUGCAUCGAAGACUUGUCUUGAAAUGUGCAUUGACAAAAUUCUAGAAAAUCUCAAGAGGUACCCUCAGGAUAAACGCUCAACGUUCCGUUGCGUACAACGCAUGGGCAGCAAGCACGCGACCCUAGUACUGCCGCUCACCACCAGACUGUUGGGCGUGCACCCUUUCUUCGAUAUGCCGGAACCUGACGUCGAAGAUCCGUCUUAUAUGUGUGUAUUAAUCUUGGUGUUCAACGCGGCUCAACACUGCACGACCAUGCUGCCACUCUUCGAAGAGCACACGGUCAAACAUUACACGUACUUGCGGGAUACCAUGCCGCAUCUUGUGCCGCCGCUGCCUAUUGGCGACAACCAAUACUCGCGCAACGAGAAAAGCGAGACAGCAAUGGACGACACAGCAGUGCGCAAGUUCUUCGACACGGUGCUGCAGCACAUCGACAACGCGACGCUGUCCACCGCCGUGCGCAUGAAGAUGCUGCACUCCGCUGAGGAGCAGCUCAAUAAGCUAGCGGAGAUGGAGCCGCUAGUGUGCGGCGCGGCGCAGUUCACGGCGCUGUUCGCGCGCUGCGUGCUGGCGCUGCACUCAGCGUUGGCUCGUGCGCCCGCGCCGCACCAACACGCGCUGCUGCAGCUCUCCACCGACUGCUUGAGAUUGCAACACCAAUUCAGCGGAGUGUCCGAACAAGAAAGCGCAUGCGUAUGGCAAUUGGCGCUGCGUGUGUCCGCUGCGAAACUAAUCGCUGCUGUUGAGAACGCAGCGGUUGCGGGGGCGGGGGCGGGGCCUGCGGGGGGCAGUGCCGCGGCGCUCACUGCGGCCGCUGCGUUGACGCAUCAUGCUGAACUGCUGGAUCGGCUUUUGGCUUCAGCUGGCAUGGAGCCGGAGCCGUUCACGAUAGCGGUGUUCCAGCAGCUGUCAGCGAGCGGCGAGCACAAGCCGGCCGCGCUCGCGCGAGCGCUACUGCCGCUGCUGCUCGCCGCACCGCCGCCUGUCGUGCCGAGACCUAAUCUUAAGAUAAGAAUGUGCACAGCGACAAUAAUAGAACCUGCCACAGAUAACGACACGGUGCUGCGUUUCUGCGCGGGACUCAUUACGGGCGUGGCCUUUGAAGCUGAAGUACUGAGAGUUAAGGACCCGAGCGCUAUUCGUAUUCGUGUGGCCUAUCCCGAUAGACGGGUACAUGCCCUCGUGCCGCCUAGAGACCAUUUGAGGCCGCUUGACCAUCAGAAUACAAAUGACGACGGUACAGAAAACGUGCGUCUCCUCACAAAAGUGCUAAUCUCUCACGGAGUGUGGACGGAACCGUGUGGUGUGGAUAUAUCAGUUUGUCUCGCGGUGGAAGAGGGCUCGAGUCGUGAAGCCGCGCCUUUAGUGGAACUGUGCCGGCCUGUACGAGUUACUGUCGCACCAAAACCUAUCAAACGCGGCAUUUAGUAUAUAGAUAUUUAAAACCAUAACUCGAAAUGAGUAAAAUAAAUAUGAGAAAUCGAUUUU